AUGAAAAUAUUAUUCUGGUUAAUCUCAAGGUGUUAUUUGUGGUUACCUCGUAAAAUUCAGAAGUCUGUGUAAAAAUCUUUAUUGUUACAACAGGGUAUUGAUUAGACACAAAAAGUAAAAUUUCAAACUUAAAUUAGAUUGAAUUCUCGAAUGGAGAAGUGCAAAAGAUCACCAAUUUUGAAAUUGCAACCAAUAAUAUCAAAUUAAUUAGUGUAUGGCAAUGUCUUAUUUGUUUAGAUUAAAACUCUUAUAGUGAUAUUUAUAGAAAAAAUUAUUAGCGUUGAGAAUAUUAUAAUACUUGGAAUUCUGAUUAUCGCACUUUCUGGAUAAACUUACACUCAUGAUCAAAACGAAGAAGUCAUCGUAUAUUACACUCUUUUUUGCUAUCUCUUUAAACUGUUAUUAUCUCUAAUGAACACAUCAAUAAUUGCAUUUUAACGAAAGACUUAAUAAAAUACAAUUAAUUCUUAGCAAUGCACCAUCAUUGCCAAAUUUCCUGAUGUUUCAUCGAAGCAACUCUCCAAUUAAAAUGUUGAGUAAAUUAAAUAAUUAUCCUUUAAUAGGUUGCAUUCGUAUGAAAAAAUUACUUGGAGCUAAUUAACAGUUGGCCACAUUAUUUGUUUACAACAGAAUGAACAGAGUCCAGCUGAUCUAUUGAUCCUUGAUUCAAGUAAAGAGCAGGUUCUAAUAAACUUUGAUCACAGAACUCCCUGCUCUUGCACUUUCGUGAGUUUAAAUUAGACUAUUAAGGGAAAUAUUUUAGACUUCAAAACUAAGUUAAGUGGAACUAUUUAAUUCACUGCAACCGAUCUUACAAUACAGGGGACUAUCAAGUUGAAAAAUGACCCAAAAUUAACACCAUUUACCAAAAAGAAUAUGAUUUAGAGAGGAGAAAGAUUGGAUUCAGUUGAUUGGAUAUUUGGAAUGGUUAUUAGAGUGGGGAAUGAUUGCAUAGCAUAAUCCAAUUUUUAUAAUGAGAAUUUCAAACCCCCCAGUUGGAUACAUAAUGUAUAUUAGAAGAUAAUACUCAUUUUAAUUGUUUUGUUUUUGAUUUUGCUGGUUCCAAACAUAAUUUUGUAUUCAUUCUAAUCUUAUGAGAAGUAUUUCUACAGUAGUAUAUGUUAUUGUUUAUUGAUCAUACCUUAAAAUUUGUUGUGGUUAAAUUAAUUUUGGCUUUUAAUUAAUAUGGUGAAAAAUAAUAUCAUUUUUAAUAAAUACAAGAAUGCUCAAAAUGUCCAGUAAAAUUCAAUGAAUAGAUUAUUAAGUGAAAUAAAUGAAAAUCAGGUAGUCAUCAUUUCUGAAAACGAGAAAAAGGUCUUAUUACCCAUUCAAAAGCAAUUUAAGAUAAAUCUUCUGCCCAUCUAAUAAACAGAAAUAUAACUGUUGAAAAAGAAGAAGGACAUUUUCAAAGGAUUUUUAACAUUGUCAUAGAUAAAUAUCCUUGAUAUGAUUAAAGGUGACAUGAUUUUACUCGACAACCCUUAAGAAAUAUUUAAAAAUAAACCAUAAAUUAUGUAGAUCAUUACAAAGGAUUAAAAAUAAUAUAUUUUUAAUUAUUAAAAACUACAAGAAUUGGUCAAGAAGGCAUCUCCUACAUUAAAAACAAAUUAUGAAAAAUUAUUAAUAGAUACGAAUAGAUAAUAGACUAAUGAUGAAUAAAAAACAUAAGAUCUAGAAGUAUUACUGGCAGAGAAGAAAGUUCCAAAUUUAAGAAAUUCAAAUGAAGGUCUCUUUUAAAUCAAAAAACUCUAAUUGGCAUCAAGGGAAGAACUUGUUAAUAAAACCUUAUUAGGCACAUAAAAGCAAUAGUUGCCUAAAAAGAAAAGUACACGAUAUAUCUUUGAUUAAUCUUUUGCAAAGAAAUCACUUGAUAGAGUAGACUCAAUGAAAGAUCUUACUAAAUUGAAUAAUAGUACACCAAGUUCUUUAUAAAAAUAAAGAAGUUAAUUUUUUGGUAAGGGAGGCACUCUCAUAAAACAAUGCAAUAAUAAUUCUUCUCUAUAAGUCUCGCCAACAAAAUAAAAUGAAGAUUAAGGAGUGGAUAGAUUGAUAGGAGAUUAUUAUAAUGAAUAAGAUUUUAUUGAUUGCCUUUAUAAAAAGGAGGACACACUUCACAAUGAAAUUUUAUUGAUGAUUCUAAUUACUAAUAAUAUAUUAAGUGUUUUUGAUGACCAAACUAGAGAACUAUAAUUUAAUUUUGGCAAUAAAUUUGAUGAACCGUUAUUGGAAUUUACAAAAGUCUUUAAUUAUUAAUUAUUAUGCAGUACUGAAAUUGAGAACUCCAGAUUGGAUUAUAAAUUAAAAAGUUAUAUCAAAAAGGUGAUCUCUAUAGAAAAUUAAGUUAAGGUCUUUGAAGUCUUGGCCUUUUUGGAACCUACUGAAAAUAGAAAAAAUACACUAUCUGUUUUGGUCAGAGAUCCCGAAUCAUUUCUUUUGGAAGAAGGUUCAAUACUAUACACAAGAAUUUAAACAGCCGAAUUGAAAAACAUAUUUAAAGGAAAAAAUGAUCGUCAUAACAAAUAGCCAGAAUAUUAGAGUUACUAUAAUGAAUAAUUAUAAGAAUUGUUAUGGGAUGGACAAUCAACUUUUGUAUUCAGUAAGCGAUAGUUGAGCCAAAACUAGACAUCAGAGUUUUUGGAAAAGCUGUCCUAAUUGCAUGAUGCCUAUGGAAAUAGAUCUUAAGAAAUAGAAAUUGAGUAUUAGAAAUUGGAAUAAUAAAAUGAAAUACUAUUUUGUAUAGGAAUUAGAUCAGGAAAUCAUCACAACACUUCUCAAAUUUCGUAGAAUGAAUUUUAAAUGGAUUCUCUAAAAGAAGAGAAGUUAUUCUAAACACUGCAGAUGUAAAACAUUAAAAUUUGUUUAACUACCUCCGAGUCAUAUGAUGAAUUGAUUAUUUUUCUUAGAUCACAUCAAGUGGUUUAAAAAGAAUAAAUAGUUCAUUUUUAUGAGAAGGAUGUGCAGUAAUUAUAAUACAGGUUUAGAUAACAUAUUUAAUAUAUGUUAGAAGAAUAAGAUAUAAUGGGGAGUGAUGUUUAACAGCACUUAGAGAAGUAUAUAAUAAUCAGUAAAGAAUCAUUCAAAAUAAUACUGCAGGAUGAUUAUCUAAAAUAUCAUUUUGUUUUUAUGACAGAAUUUGCAAGUGGUUUAGGAGCCUAUCAAUUUACUGGUAAGCGUAAUGGAUAAUUAGUGAAAUUGCUCAAAUUAAACAAAAAAAAAGUAAUCUCUAUAGGAAAUUCUUUACAAAAUAAUUAUUUAUUUAACAAAUCAGACAUUAGUUUUACUUUGACAUAAAAUAACCCAUUCUUUUGUAUUACUUAACCAAAUUUUGUAGUUAGAAAUAUUAAACAAGUAUUUUAACUGUUUUUCUUUUAUUGCACUCAGUAUUUAUAGAAUUACAUUUCCUUUUUAGAAAUCCAAAUAUACAGAAGUACUUUAAUAGGAUUAUCAGUUUUUGGUAUCAACCUUUAUUAAAGCGAUAUAAGCAUAUUCAAUUUCAUGAUAUUUUUCCUUAUUCCCAGCAAUAUAUCCACUUUCAUAUUUUAAUCAUACUUGCUCAUCAAUUAAGUAGAUUACGAUUAGAAAUACUUCAAUAGUUUGACCAAAAGGUUGACGAUUCUAAAAACAGAAAGUAUUUUAAAAUAGUUAAUUAAAAUCAUAAUAAUUGCAAUAUUUGAUUCUGCUUUAUUGAUUAUAGUAGAGAAGGCACUUAUACAUUUAACUUAUGGAGAUGGAAAGAUCAACUAAACAAGUUAAAUACUUUUGGAGAAAAGUAAAUUAUUGUUUAUUGUUUUUGAUGCAUUCAAUGAUAUAUUAUAUAAGAUAAAACAACUACUUAUUAUAAUCUCUUUAACCUUUAUAUUGUCGAUAUGUUAUUUGAUAGUUUAAUCAAUUUAAGACAAUUAGGAAAUUUCAUUACAAUUCAACAACCCCGGAUUAUAAGUGUUUAUAUUCAUGGCUGUAUUUUUAGUCGGUUUAUCUUUUGUGCUCAAAUUAAUGCUGCAAAUGAUUAAUAUGGAAUUUUCAUUUCCAAUUGAUAACUCCCAAUUAGAAGUUCACAUGAAAGAGAUCAAUAAUAUUAAAUUGAACCUUAACUCUGACGCAAAUGAGAAGGGGUACUUUCAAAAUAUAAAGAAAAUGAUAGAGACCUUAUUUGAAAAUAAAGACAUUGUUGAUGAAUAAAUAACAAAAUUUAUUAAAGUAGAUCAGACUACAAUAGAUUACAUGGAUAAAAAUCAUGGAUUUUAUGAUAGGAGAACUGAGAACGAUUUCAUGGAUUUCUUUAGAUAGUAGAAUUGGUAGAAGUAUAGUUUGUCCUAUGUAUUUGUAUUCUAUGAAGGGACAAUAUUUAUUUCUCGACUCUAUGAAAUAAUGAUGAAUGACUUUUCAACAUCAAUCCUAAUAAUAAUCAUCAUCUAAUUGAUGUUGUAAUUGCUGAUUGUAAUAUUCUAAUUCAAAUUCAUAAAUAACAAGACGUCGCAAUAAUACUUGUAAAUAGUAUCAUUUGGAUUGCGAUUCAUCUUUAAAAUCCUAAUAGAUCUACUUUAUUUAGAUGACAGAAAGGAGUUCACUGCUUUUCUAUAUCAUACCUUAUUUAGUCUAUCCUUUGCCCUCACAACGCAGCCAAAAAUUAAUAUUUACUUAUACGCUGCCUUGCAAUUGCUUAUGUAUCUAUUUGAUUUGGUGUUGGAUGGGUUCAGCAUUAAAUAUGAUAACAUUAACGAGGCUAUAUUUUGUUCCUUCAAAUACUUCUUCAUAAUAAUAGCAAUCUCAUACCCUAUCUUCAAUUAUAUACAAAAAAUACAGUUUCUAUAAAGAUCCUCGUAUGUCUACCAAAAUAGAUUGAGCAAGGAAUAGAAAAAAAUCAAUAGUGUGUUGGGUUUGCUAAUGCCUCGAUUCAUACAAGAGAGAAUGAAUAAAGGCUAAAUUUAAAUAUCGUAAGAUUAAGGAGAUGUGAGUGUGUUAUUUUGUGACAUUUAUCAGUUCGAUAAGGUAAUUAAGGAUUAAUAGGAAAAAAUAAUAGAAUUCUUAGAUACAAUCUAUAGAGCCUUCGAUUAAUUGUGUCAAAAUUACGACUUAUAGAAAAUUGAGACUGUCGGGAAAACAUACAUGGCAGCUGGAGGACUUAAAGAUUACGAUGUUGUGAUAAAUUAAAAGAAUGCCAACAGUACGUCAAGAGCUCUUGAGACUGCUAUACAAAUGAUGGAGACAGUGAAGACUAUGAAAUAUGGGGAUAAUUAGGAUGUGCAAUUAAAAAUUGGAAUUCAUUAUGGGAGAGUGAUAGCUGGAGUUAUUGGUGUUCACAAACCUUAGUUCUCAUUGAUAGGAGAUACAGUUAAUACGACAAGCAGAGUAUGUAGCACAGGCGAAGCUGGAUUUAUUACUUUGAGUGAAGCUGCAUAUUUGCAUGUGAAGGACAAUACUAAAUAUUAAUUUGAGAAGAAAUCAGUUGCUGCUAAAGGUAAAGGGAUGAUAGAAACUUAUAAAUUGAUUUUAUAAUAAAAAGAAUCAACAAGGAUAUUGACUCCGAAAGUAUCGACAUCCGAAUAUCAAGAUAAGAACUCAGUUUAAUCUAAAGAACCUAAGAAGAUAAUGAAUUUUAAAUCAUCUACGGACAAAAAGAAUAUCUUUAAAAGACCAUCAGUUCAACCUGCCCAAAUGGGAGCCUUGAAUCUCAAUGAUCAUGCCAAAUCCCCCAAGGUAGUCAUUAGGUAACUACAUAGAGAAACCCAAUCUUCCGUUAUGCCAAAUAUGAUUUUGAAAAAAAAACCAUCAAUAGAAAAUGAUUUAGAUGGCAAACGUUUGAAUUCCAUCAAAUCUAAAUCAUUUAAUUAGAAUGAUGACGUGAAAGACAACAACCAUAGUAGUAAUGCAAAGACUCCUGGGUUUCAAAAAAAUUGGAUCUAAAAACGACAAAGUGCUGUCGAAGAAAAAUUACCUAAUUUUUUAGCAUAACCCAAUAAUCAAUAGGAUUCAAUUACCUAGAUUUAGUUCCAGACAGAUAUUAAGCCCCAAGUCUAGGCUGUAUCUCAAUCGUGCUAAUAACAAUUAUUUUAAUCUGGUGUGAACCUGUCUCAUUAAUCAAAUCAAUAGUAAUUUCUACAUUCAGCUGAUCAAUUGAUAAAAGUGUCUGAUUAAUAACUGGAUAAUAACAAACAAGAGGGUCUUAAUUUUAUUCCAAGACCAUAAUUGAGGAAGAAAGGGACCAUAAUUUUGGGAGAACUAAUUUAGAAGAAGGGAGGGAUCAUAAAAUCUAGUACUAAGAUAAUACUCCCAGAGGAAAGGGAUAAAAAUUAAAUAGUCAAAGUAUCUGGAGCAGGAGUGGAUAGUGAUUCUUAAAUGGAAUAGAAGAAAUAAGUCAAAAACUAAAGGUCUUUCAAAUAUCAACACUUAUAGGAUUCUAGUUCUGCUUUGAAGAAGAGUCCAGAAUCCAUGAAUGAAAGAUUAGAAGAAUUGGAAAUAGCCAAAAAGAAGUUGAUCAUUACGCCUGAAUAGAAGUUUGAUUAUUAGACCUUAGAGACAAUUAAGAAGUUUAAACUUGACUAUGAUGAAAAGUCUACUUUUGAAAUUGAUAAUAGUCAAUUCAAAACGAAUGAUCAACAGUUAUACCAUUCUAUUUAUGAGGAAUAUAAAGAAUAGGAGAAAUUAUAGAUGAGGAAUAUUUUAGUAUUUUUAACAACCUUGAAAUUGUUUAAGGGUCUGUUAUUAUUCAUCAUAAGCCAAUAAUUUAAUGAUACAUAGAUUGAACUAUUAGUUGUAUAGGUGUGUUAGUUUGGGAUGUGCCUAAUUUUGACAAUCAGUUACCAAAUGAUUUUGGAUAGAGUGAAUCUGGCAAUGCUUAAGAUUAUCAUUUGGAUAUACUUUUUGAGUUCUAGUAGUCUUUCUUUGUUAAUAAUUAAUUUCGAGAAAAAGGAAGAAUUUGAGGUAGUUCUACAAGCUAUAUCAAUAAGUGUUUUGUACAUCAAUGUUUAUCUUUCAUAAAUAUUAAACUAUGAAGAUAGAUAGAGAUUUAUUGCUAUGUUCAUAAUAUUGAUAACAAUAAUGAUAGUAUAUGAAGCUUAUAUUUUGGAAUUAUUAAUCUAUUUGAUGGGAAUCUCAGGAUUAACGUUCUUUUGUUAGAUGCAAGAGAAGGACUUAUUAUUUAAGAACUAUUUAAUAAGUUUGCAGUUGUCAACUUAAAUAGCGAAGUAUGAAAACAUGCUCCAAUAUCUGAUGCCUCCUCAUGCUUUGAGGAGAUUGUUGAAUCCUGAUUAAGAGAAUACGGACACAUUCAUGGAUGUAUUGGAGAAUGCUACAGUACUAUUUGCAGACAUCGCUGGCUUCACUAAAUAUUCAAGUUCUGUUGAACCCGAAACAGUGGUAGAUAUGCUUAGGAAUCUAUUCUCAAAUUUUGAUCAGUAUUGUUAGAAGGCGGAAAUCUAUAAGUUGUUUACGAUAGGAGAUUGUUAUGUGUGUAUGGGAGUGCUGGAUUGUAAGAAGAGAGACCCUGCAGGAGAAGCCUAAAAAGUCUUAGCAUUUGGUUUUAGUAUGAUUGAAAUCAUCAAUCAUUACAAGAAGGACCCUCAAUACUAGCAUCUGAAUAUGAGGAUUGGAGUGCAUACGGGCAGAGUUUUGGGAGGCGUGGUGGGAACGGAUGUAGUUAGAUACGAUAUUUAUGGGGAAGAUGUUACGAUAGCGAAUCUGAUGGAAUCAUCAGGACAAGAGGGGAAGAUUCUCGUAAGUGAAAUCACGAAGAAUUUAGUAGAAAAUGAAUAUGAAGGAUUCCAAUUCGAUUAUGCCAAAGAUGUUUAUCUUCCCUCUAAAAAUUUAACCAUUUCUACUUAUUAUGUUUCGCCUAGUGAUGUAGAGUACAGUUAAAAUGAUUGA